UUAAGUGCAAAAUUCAAAUCCAGACGACAAACGAACGGCUAGUCGGACAGCUUCUGUUGCUUCGUUGAUAUACACAGUGGGGUUUUUAAUUUAUUUAUUGGUAAAGCAAUUCCCAUUGUUGUAGUGGGUUAUUUUUGGUUAGUGUCUGAUACCUUUGGAGGCGAUGAGAGUGAGUGAGGUGCACGCAGCGGAGUCCGUUGCCUACUUCAACAGGGCAAUGGUCAAGCUCCAGGAGAUUUGGGAAGAAAUCGGGAUUCCAGAAGAGCAGCGGAUCCAAAGAACCAAUGAUGUUCACAAACACAUCAAGGGUUUGCUGGACUUGAUGAUCGCUGAGGAAGCGGAGCUGAAAAAACGACUGACGGAAAGCAUUGAGGUCUGUCGCAAAGAACUCAGCAGUUUGUGUGCAGAACUCCAGCUUCCACCGUUUGAGGAGGAAGAUGGCUGCACCAUGUUGCAGCUAGAGAAAAACAGCCGCACUCGUCUUGAGGUGAUGAAGGAGCACAAGAAGCAGCGAAUGGAGGAGCUGAGAGGACUCAUUUCCAAAGAUCAGGAGCUGUGUGAAAUUAUGUGCACCACCCCUUUUUUCAUUAACCAUUCUUCUGUCCCAUCAUUGGAUCAGCUGGAAACUUAUAAGGCCUAUCUUAAUGACCUGACUAAAGAAAAGGAGCGCCGCCGUGAUGAAUUUGUGAGCAUCAAGAAGGAAAUAGUUGUGUGCAUGGAUGAUCUGGAACAAAUCCCAGAGACGAGCUUUGAAACUGAUGUGAUAUGUGAGGACGAGGACGCUUUUUGUCUCUCCAAUGACAACAUUGCUGCUCUUAAGCUGCUUCUUGGGCAGCUGGAAGAACGCAAAGCCAAGAACGAGUUACUCUGUUCAGGUUACCGCAGACAGAUCCAGGAGCUGUGGGAAAGACUCCAGAUCCCUCAAGAGGAGAGGGAUGCCUUCUCUGAACAUAUGCUGAAGUCAAAGAAGAAAAACAUUGAAGCACUUCAAGCAGAGGUCCAGCGUCUGGAAGUGCUGAAAAAGCAGAGCUUGAAAAGCUUCACAGAGAAUAUAAGAACAGAGAUUGCUUCCUUGUGGAAAAGUUGCUUCUACAGCCAGGAACAGCAGGAAGCUUUUGCUCCAUACUACGAUGACAGUUUCACCGAAGACCUCCUCAACCUACACGAAGCUGAGGUUGGCGAGCUGAAGAGGUACUACGACGAUCACAAGGAACUCUUUGAGGGUGUCAUGAAGUGGCACGAUAACUGGAACCUUUACCUGGAGCUUGAUAAAAAGGCCAACGAUCCUUCAAGAUUCAACAACAGGGGAGGAAACCUUUUGAAAGAAGAAAAGCAAAGAACUGAUCUACAGAAAAGCUUGCCCAAGCUGGAGAGGAGCCUGAAGGUCCAGAUUGAUGCAUGGGAGCAAGAACAUGGCAGGGAUUUUCUGGUUAAUGGACAGAAAUUUCUUGAUUAUGUGCAGCAGCAAUGGAUUCAACACCAUGAGGAAAAGGAGAGGGAGAAACUUGAAAGACAACUGAAGAAAACAAAGCAAACACAAGAGGACAUGCUGUAUGGAACAUCUGUGAGAACACCGUCUAAACGACGGCUGGGGGGGCCUACUACACCUGGAAAAGUGAAAAAGUUCACAGGUAUCUCCACCAUUUCCACUCCAAACAGCUUUCUUAAUUCAGGCCUCGGUGGAACCACAUGCCACGCCUCAAUGCAGAAACCGCCGCUGUCUGCCAGCAAAGCGAACAGCCUUCGGAUCCCCGGACAAGGAAGGACACCCCGCGCACUAGACCGAAACAAGGAGAACAUCUCCCACCUUAACAGAAACACUCCAAUAGGCACACCAAGGUCUCAGGAUACUCAAGAUCACACCUUCACCUUUAAUUCUAUUGCUGGCUCCUAUUCGGAAUUUGCGAAAGACCUCACAAAAGCUUCUAAAUCAAAUGUGAUGACAGGACUGCUGAAUUCCACCGUCAGCCAUCAGUGAUGGUUCUAAGGAGCCGUUGUUCAUCCAAGUAGUGUGAUGUAGAGGACAAAACUGAAUUCUGAUGUAAAAAUUUUAAGAAAUUGUUAAGAUAUUGUUUGAAUUUUUUCUAAACUUCUUUUCUUUUAAAAUACAAAUUUUGAGGGUUUCUGCUGUAGAAAGAGUUUUUUUUUCCCCCAAAUGUGUAUAUAUUUCUCUGUCUGCUUAAAUGAAUUGGCUAUGGCUUUUUUUUCUUAAAGUUCUUAAAGAAUAAAAUGCUUGCCACACAGUUUUUUCACUACAGAAGUUCUAAAAAGCACCAGGACAAUAUUUGAGCUGGAAUGACCGCUCAACUACAAAAACCUGUUGAGUCUUUUUUUUUUCUUUUUAAAACUGUAAAUAAACUUAAA